UCGGGCGCGUACGUUGUCUCAGCUUUUCCGUGUCACGGUGUCGCGAGCGCGUCUGUUGUCGACGCUCGCGGUGCUCCGUCGAGGUUUUAUCUAAUCGUUGGAGGAGAAUUAAAUUCCGCGAGUGUGCGAGUCACCGGUCGCGCGAGUGAUCGAGCGUGCGUGGCGUGCGUGGCGUGCGCGAGAUCGAAACGGUCGGCCCGGGUCCGUCGAACGAGGAAGAUCAACGAGCCCACGGUAAGAGACAGAGAGAGCGAAAACAGUGGGGGAGCGAGAGGCCGAGUCGUUGGAGCGACAGAGUGGGAACGAUACGGGCAGAAACGAGACGAGGCUAGAAGUGUGUCGGGGCAUUUCGUCGAGGAAGGAGCAGGGAAAUCUUCCUUUUCCUCUUCGUACGGCCUGGAUCGAAGGGUCAGAGGGGUUGCGGGUGGGUGGGGUGCCCGAAAAGCCAGAAGACAGCCUCGCGAGGGAAGAGGUAACUAACUCGUUGUGCGAAGGGUGUACUGCACGCAGCUACAAAGAUACGAGUGUUGCUAUUGGUCAUUUAGUUUGUGACACGAAAUUUUAACUAACAGUGAAGUAACCGCUGCUAAAAAUUUGUAUCGUCGCAUCCGAAUUCCAUUCAGUGACGAUCUCUCCGGCUCCACGGUAUACGCGAGUCCGUGCGUGGGAAAGAGUACCGUGUCGACUAACGAUAGUGCAAGAAAGAGACGGUGCAGUGCCGUGUAAACAUACAUCCUAUUGCCGUGAGUGCGUGCGCGAGUGCGUUCAGCGACAACUUAAACGUCGUCUCGUUGUCGUUGUUCGUCGUGGUUGGUAGAGAGUUUUGUUCGAAGCUACACAUCUUCGUUCAACUGGAACCAAGGGAGAGCAAACGUGACGUGAAAAUCGGCCGAGCAACGGGUCUCAGGUGCCGUGGCAUCAAUCAUCGGCGGCAUUCGGGCACGCGUAUAAACCUUUAUCACAAAUGACAGUCCAUCGAACUAGAGGCCAAGUUAGCCGCUGGCUGGAUUCGUUUGUCUAGCUGGCUACCAGGGACCCGAGAUGCAUCGGAGGGUGGGAUACAACUACGAUGGCAAGAUCGCCGGCCUCUACGACCUGGAGGAGACACUCGGUCGCGGUCACUUCGCCGUCGUCAAGCUAGCACGUCAUGUUUUCACUGGCGAGAAGGUCGCAGUGAAGGUCAUCGACAAGAGCAAACUCGACGAGGUCUCGAGAUCUCACCUCUUCCAAGAGGUGAGAUGCAUGAAGCUGGUGCAACAUCCCAACGUGGUAAGGCUCUACGAGGUGAUAGACACCCAAACGAAGCUCUACCUAAUCCUGGAGCUUGGCGAUGGCGGUGAUCUGUACGAUUACAUCAUGCGACACGACAGUGGCCUCAGCGAGGAGGUGGCCAGAACGUACUUCCGGCAAAUAGUCAGGGCCAUAUCAUAUUGCCAUCGAUUACACGUGGUGCACAGGGACCUGAAACCCGAGAACGUGGUGUUCUUCGAAAAAGUCGGCACCGUCAAGCUCACCGACUUCGGAUUUAGCAAUAGAUUCUGCCCUGGCCAGAAGCUCGAGACUUCCUGCGGGUCGCUGGCGUAUUCAGCGCCGGAGAUUCUGCUAGGAGAUAGCUACGAUGCUCCUGCUGUCGAUGUCUGGUCCUUGGGGGUAAUUUUGUACAUGCUAGUAUGCGGCCAAGCGCCUUUCCAAGAGGCAAACGACAGCGAGACCCUGACGAUGAUCAUGGAUUGCAAGUACUCGAUACCACCUCACGUUUCGGAUGGCUGUAAACGUCUGAUCGCGAAAAUGCUCGUCAGAGAACCAGAGGGCAGAGCAACGCUCGAAGAAAUAGCAGCCGAUCCUUGGCUGGCGAUUGGAACCGACUCCGAUCCCGUGGAAGCGUCGUUGCCUCUCGUGUCCAGGCAACAAGUCUCCGAUGACCACCACAAUCAUAUAAUUACUAAGAUGGUUAACGGUAACAUCGCCACCAAAGAAGAAAUAUUGGACGCCCUCGACAAGAAUGAGUACAAUCACAUAACGGCAACGUAUUUCUUACUAGCCGAAAGGAAAUUGCGGGCUCACCGUCAAGAGCAGGUGCAGAAGACUCGUCCAGAGAUACUCGAGGUCUCGUCCAGCCGACAAGACGACGCGAGAAUGAAUCUGCGCGCCGACCAAAAUUUAUUAAGCGCGGUCAAUCAAUCGUUGUUGAGCGUACCGCGAACGCCGGGUGAGGUGCCACAAAACAUCCGGACGCGGAAGUGCAGCAUCGUUCAAGAGGAGGAGGACGAGGACGACGUGUCCUCGUGUUCGGGUCGAGACGAUCGUGGUAGCAACUCCGCACUCAACUCGUUAAAUCGACGCGGUUCUCGCUCCGAAGGCAAGCUUUCGCACAUCCUGCAAGACAGGUUAGCGGAGAAACCGAACCUCAAGCCUCUGCAAUCACAGCGAAAGGAUGGCGGUAUCGUUCCUGUAAUCGCCGACGCGGAAGAGAGACUGAAGUCUAGUCCGAAUAGCGGAAACGCGAAGGAUUCCACGUGUCAGGAGAAUCUGAAAAAUCGUUUGGGGGACGCGUCGCAGGGUUGGGCGAGGAAGCAGACCACUACGGAGAACAGGCCAAAGUCUGUGACGGAGUGUUUGAAAUCGGUUGGUCCUGUGCCACCCAACAAGUGGAGAAUGGGGGCGCAGCAUCGAUCACCCGCUGCGUCUUUGGACUCCACUUUGACGAUACCUGCGUCAAAACAGUCCGACCCUAACACGACUACCACUAUCCUAACGGAAUCCUCAACGGUGUCGAUUCCUCUUCACCCUGUGGGCUCGCUGGGCGACAAUCAGCUGACGCCCAAAUAUAAGACUAUGCCGUCGCCUGGUAGCACGGGCUCGGCAUCGUCGCCACAGCUGACGUUGAACGAGAUCCUGGAGGACGGCGACACGAUACCUGUACUUCCCGCGGAAAGUGAUAGCUCGAAAUGUCGCGUUGUGAGACGGACAGGAUACGAACAGCGGAGGAGUAAGUUCCAUAAGACGCGCACGACUUCCUGCUCGAGCUCCGACGCCAGUGACGAUGACAGCGAGAGCAGGAAAAAGAGGGCACACAAAAUAGGCGCUUCCACGGGGAAACCACUGCCCUCCAGGCGCGACAGUCACGACGAUUCCAGCGAUUCGCAGGAUCCUGGAGGGAGUGGCGGGGGUGGUGGUGGUGGUGGGGGAGGAGUGGGGAAUGGGGAACACACGACGGACACACCAUCGAACGAAACGAAUCGAAACGAUAGCGGAAGCGGUACCAACACGACGACCACAACUACAACGACGACCGGCGGAAGGCAUCGGUGCGCCGAGAAUCAGGUUAUUUUCGGUAGAAGGCAUCGCGCAGGAAGAAGAAGAGCCGGUGAGACGCGAUUACGGGAAAGUCAAUCUUUGAAUCGCAUAACCGAGGUGCAGGAGGCCGAGGGACCCUCGUCGUGUCACAAUCAUUGUCACAUGUCGCGCAAUUCGACCGUUCUCGGGGUGCAGAGCAUGUCCUCGUCGUCGUCGUCGUCCGUGUCGCAAAGCAGCACGGGUUCCCACAACGUCGCUCAGCCGUUGUCUCAGGCAGCUACCACGGUGCAGAAGGCGAAGGGUUUCGGUGCCAGGCUUUUGCAGAGCUGGUCCCUCAGCACUGGCAAGUCCUCCCUGUCGCAAUCGACAAACAGGCAGAACAACUGCAGCCCCAACGGCAAAUGCAACAAGCAGGAGACCCAACGCGACGGGUGCAAGAGAAUCGAGAUCUGCCGAGACGACCAGCGCAAAGAUCAGAACGGUAGUUCGGUCAAUCAGAUGCCGUCCAACGACAAGGAGAAUAGAAACGACGGUAACAUGCAUCGAAACGACUGCAAGAACCGAAAGUUACGAUUGCUCAGUCGUUACUUUGCCGUGCACAAGAAGCUUUGCGUCCCGUUGCCAGGUCUGUUCGGCAAGGGACGCCUCUACAAGGCUCGAUCCUGCGGCAGCAUCGCCCGCGAUCGCGUCAGCCCACCGUCGCCCAAGUCCAUGCUUUUCUGCACCACGGCGGAUGACAAAUGGCGGGAACGCGGACAGUGGUGCGAUAUGAAGCACCAGCAUCGCGGCAGCGACGGUGACAUCAACCAGAACUUGGGUCUGUCUCACCUGAUGCAGGAGACCGUGGUAGGAAAGGGUUGCAGUGCCUUGCCUACCGUCUGCCACAUUCACCUAGGCGAUGCCUCCAAGUGUUGCAGUCUCUGUUGAUGAAGCAACCACGCGACCAGAUCGAUGCGCAAACGCUAAAAGAUAUAUAUAUAUAGAUAUACAUACAUAUAUACGUACCGGGUGUCGUAUUUUGAUCUGUACGCGCAGCUGUUUCCCCGGACUGUUCGUUACUCGAAUAAGUGCUUUAGAUAGGAGUUACUCUGGCUCGAGGAUCACGUCUUACGGUGGAUACAAGUGUUGUUUAGGCGAAAGAGCCUUUGAAACUUCAUGGCGAAAUUUAUUUUUUAUUAUUAGGAGUGCAUAGUUUCGUUUAGGUUAAAGUUGUUUUUUGUUGAAUUGUUAGGAAAUGUGUUCAUCAUGUGCAUUCGAAAGGGUGAUUGGGUUAUCCUGAUAAAUAGUUCUACUUCCUUCAAUGGUGAGACGAUGUCCAAGGUCCUCUUUUUUUUUAUAAUACAGAAGAUACACAAUAUUUUCUGAACACUUAGCGAAGGAAGAGAAUUUUGACUGCCCUUGAACGGCCUUGAAAGAUACACAUAUCAUAAUCAAUAGAUUCGUCUCGAAAUGCGCAACAGGCCUACCCCAUAGAAAUUAUAUACUUCCGUUUCAAAUGAUUCGGUCACUUUGAAAUCUCAGAUCCCUACCUUGAGAAAACUUGCGUCCAUCGGAUGUUCUGUCGAAACAGAUUUCUAUUUGGAACAUUACAUUCGAAGUAACGAAUGGUUCGUGGAGGUAAUUUCACGGGUAGGUCGGAAUGGGGUGCUGCCCUCUAUAUAUACACCGUACAUACGUCACGUUCCGACCAUCAGCCGACACGCUCGCGCAGCCCGAGACCUUUUCCGCAAUGGCUAACGAUUACUGCCGACAGUAAAGCGAGAAACGGCGGAGAGAGACACGUGGUUAUCACGAAGUGCAAUCUAUUUUAUAAUAACACCGACCGUUACCGCGUAGAGUCGAGACACGCGACGUUUCAACUCGAUCGAACAAGUCCGCAAUUCCAGCAGGUCAGAGAAGCGAUUACUUUGAUAAUAACCUGUCAGAUUUGCCCAGGCAUUACCGAAAUAGUUUCGCUAAAUGUACCUAAAUUAUGUAUCAACUAUAUACGUACGCCGAAACCUUUUGUAACGAAAGAAUAGACUUGUCCUGCAUGCGCAAAGGUCUGUCGGCCCCAUCCAGUUUGCGUGAACGAUAUAUCGAAUCUGCUGUUACAAGAAUCUCGAACCGUUCUCUUCAGAGGACGAUGGUAACGUCUGGGCUGAUCAGCGAUCGUACAAGCUGUCAUUUGUAAUCUGCAAUCGUGAAUCGGUAAUCUGAGCUAAUUUUUGAUUAUCGAUCGAUUGUCAACGAUCGAGUAAUCGGUAAUCGCGAUCAUUAGAUUACGAUUAGCCUGGCACCGAUACGCGACCCCCGUUCGACGGAGUUGAACGCGCGACGACGGAUCUCUUGAAACGCGAUUGUGGUAAUCGUUAACCGCGACCCCAGUGAUUACGCGGCAUACGUCAAUGGUCAAUGUAUUCGAACCGAUUCAUGCCAAUCCUCCUCCCCACCCUCUCCCGCGUCCUCGCGCCUUGAAUGAUGUCGACGAGCACAAGGGUCGAGUCAAAAAGGAGAGCGUAUCGAUUGAUCGGUCGCUCUGCGGGAUGUGCAUCUAGUCCGUGUGAACAAACCUAUAUUGAAUAUUGCAGAGUUUAUUAUUAUUAAUAUUGUUGCGCCGGGGGGUGGUGGUACAUCGAGGAGUAGUCAUUUUAAAUAAUUUAACACGUCUUUUAUAAAAGGAACAAGAACUCGAAACGUUUAUUAACUAUAACAAUAACUCAAGGUAAACACGUCUAUUCGAUAGCAAGUCUGGCGACGUUCUCCUCAUUAAAAAGUUGCCGGUUCUAUUGGUAACCGGAACAUCGGGUUCCAAUACAAUCCGAUGCGCGGUGUCCCUCUCUAUAACAUAUUCUACCCCUUCAAAAGUUACUUUAUACGAAGUCCCUGUUAGUCUUUGUUCCAAUGUACCGCCCGUUUGGUUGUGUCGCUGCCUUAGGACCAUGUAGGAAGUGAACAAUAUGUUAUGGACUUGGUCUCCGAUAGAAAUAUUCUUAUCCUUAUCCCCUAACCCGAUGGAGACUAACAAAGUUUUGUGUGGUUCUGUUAUAAAUUUUAUCACCGCUUCUUUUUUACGUGUUUCUUGAGACACCUGCGGUUUCUUUGUCCUCGACAUCCAUCGUCGUAUCCGAGGCAGAGCCUGUUAUGCUGGUUGAGGCGGGCGUUGACAUGUUGGCUUUCUUAUUAUAUUAUUCUCAAAAAAGGUCCCACUUCUGACACCAAUGUUAUUAUUACUACUAUUGAUUAAGAUUACUAUUAUUAUUAUUAUUAUGUUAAACAUACGACGUAGAUAUAUAUCAAUGUGAAUCGAGCGUAGAGUCGCUAACGCAACCAAAUCAUUCAGCGUUCGCGAACAUUGAAGUAUCUCGCAACCUUGGACGGUCUUCCUCUCGUUGUUCCCCUUUAUUUAUCUGUCUCUGCCACAUCCCAACCCCUCCCCUCCGUCGUCUACCCAGAUUGCGAUUAACGUACUAUUUUCCUACGUAGCGACGCCCUCGUAGAAUGUUCGUGGCUCGCACUCUGGCUCGAUCGAGAUGCGCAACGGACCUCGCGCGAUUCCUUUAACGAUACACGAGCGACAUCGAAUUUAUAUUAACGCCGAUUAGUUUAGCGUGCGUAUACGCGUAUCAUCUCGAUGGGAAGAAACGUCAGUGGUGCUACAGAAGAACCGACGAGACGAGGAGGAAGAAGGAAUGGCGUCGACGCGUCUAGUACCUGUUGGAGAAUCGUUGAGUUUUCUGGGAGAAUGUCGCUGGAAUUCUGGAACACUGUGUGACCUUGGGCACGACUGAACUUGGAUACUUGAAGGAAGGAUGGAUACUUAACCCAGGUACACUCCCCAGCGUUAUGCAACCCUUAUAGUUUUUUUCGUUACGGGUUCUUCGUCCAGCUAGAAAGACUAAUAUCGUCGAAGAAUACGUUUUGCCAGCGUGCGGGCGCGCUUGCAGGCUAAGCGCGCAUCUCGUUCUCUUCAUCGUCAUUCUCAGUUAAUGGGCGAGCAGCCCAUUGAUCAUCAAAACAUGAUCAGGCAUCAUAAAAUAUUUUUCGAUUUUCUAUCUACCCACGAAGUCUUAAUAAAAUUGGGGUUUGCUCCCUCGUAAGUGGCCAGUGGUAACUACAGGAUAACAAAGCCAGAGAUAAGUAAACAAUUUUCUGUUCUUCGUUUGUUCAAUGAUACGUGCAACGCGAUUCAUGAAAUGAUAUUAUUAAUUUAAAGAACAAUUAAAGUGACGCUUAUGUCUGGUAAUGACUGACGGCUCAGGUGCGGCUUUGAUCUACAAAUUUCGAUUGUUCCCUUUGCGAAGCCGAUGUUUCAUAUCCCUCGAGUAAGCCCGAGAAUGUUUUGUAUAUACCUAACACUUCGAGUAUGCGAAUCAUUGCGUAAUUGUGUGUACCGAACCACGCAGUUUAUAGCGUAACAAAACAAUUUAUUUAUUAUAUAAAUCCUGCGAAAAGGGACGAUCUUUUUCAAUCGUCGCUACCCGACGAUCGUCGAAUCACCCGUUUUUCUCUUCUUUUAAUCUUCUUCGUCGCCUUUAUGUGUUGUCGGAAGACGAGUUGCAUUGGUUUCCGUGACAAAGACUGAACAAAUUGUACAAUAACUCUCGAUAGCUUGGAUGCCUUGCGUCGUGCGAUGACGAUGAUCUCGACGAGACCAAAAACAUUGGUUGCAACACUGAUGGGCAAAAUUUCUUUCGCAUAUCGGAUAAGAAACGAAACCAAAGUAAUUUAAGAAUUGUGUUAGUUUAUGGUUGCGUUAAGUGAAAUUAUAUACCUUGCGGGCGAAUGAAACGUUUUAUUUUAUGUUUCUUGUGAAAUAUUUUAUUGUGUAAUUCAUAUAUAUAUAUA